UGGGAAUCCUUACCCAACCCCAGCCUUUGAUCCUUUUGCAACGCAGUCCGUGGCUCAAACGUCCUCCCAAGGGCAGCAUGAGGCCACGGCUAAUCGAAAGGUGUCGACUGAAGUGAUGGGAUCCUGACUUCAUGAAGAGCCAUGUUGACUGCCUGCAUUUGAUGCUUAUCGAAUGACAUGACUGUGCGAGACAAGGUGAGCGCCUGAUAAACCAAUGCAAUGGAUGUGGGAGGAUCAUGCUGAACUGAAUAACUUUUGACUUUUCACAUCUUGUGGUGAUGUGGACCUGACCUAUCCAGGGCCAAAUGCUGCCUGAAGCUUAGAAGAUGGUGACAGGAUUGCUUCACAAGUCCUAAUAAAUCAAACAGGUUGCGAUCGGGAGAACAUUUCAUGUCAGCCUAUCAAAUCACACUUUUUUUGUUCGGUUGUUGUCUGAUCUCAGAGAUGGCUUGAGAAUUUCUGAAUGGCACAAACAAGUUUCUGUAUGUUUCUGUAACCAUCCACAAUACAGCUCUUUGUGUCACGAGUUGCAGCCUUAACUUGUAUAGUGUCUAGCCUCCAGUACCAUGUUGCGUCUCUGCACGGCUUUUUCUGAACUGCCAGGUUGUGCGACUCCGCAUCCAUAUGGAUCAAUAACGCAUCAGGAUUUGGCUGCUCUGUUUGCACAAGUAGACCGAGAUGGCUCUGGAAUGAUCAACGUUCAGGAGUUUUUGGCCGCUGCUAUGGAUCAAAGCCGGAGCAGCAUUCAGUGCCUUCGACAAGAUUGUGGUGGCACCAUCAGCAACGAUGACAUGGACGAUGAGUCGACCAGGGUCGUGAAGGAGUUGGAAGGGCUGAAAGCUGCGAACUGGCCAUUCAGCGAGAAUUGGAACAGACAGGCAAUUCAGAUGACCUGGACUUCGAGCAACCGAAGUGACUUGCGCCUGUUGGGGCAUUGGGGUGGAUUGCUACCAGGUGCGACACCGCGAGCCAGAAAGGUGGGACAUCACCAAGGAGAAGUCCAAAGCCAACCGCUCGGUGUAUCGCUGCCGACCGGGGAAGAACAAAGGAAAAGACGAGGACGAGCCUGUGCUGGCAGGAUGAGUCGAGCUUUUGAGCUGCGAUGAGAGGACCUUUGUCUUUAAAAGAGAGAGAGGACGCAACGUUAACAAACGCCCAUGCGGGACGUCCCAUAGGCCUGUACCAUAGAAUGCCCUUACCUUACUUUGCUUGGAACAUGGCCAAAGGCACUGUGCCCAGCUGUCGCAGACUUGCAGCACCAGCUUCGAACCAUUGUGUGUCCGGUUCCG